AUGUACUCGGCGCCUUCGAAUCCCAAGUCAGUUUCCGCCCGAAAAUUCCACAAAAGUUCCAAAAGACGUUAUUCAGCUACUUGAACGAGUUGAUCAACGAGAUGAGGCAGUUGUCGGAGACGGCGAUCGAGUGCAAAAAUGCUCGUAUUCUGUUGUCAAAAGAGAUUUCACGAGUGUUCGACGAGAUGAGCAGACGCGGCGGUGCCGGCGGCGGCCACCACCACGACGAGAUGAGCAGACGCGGCGCUGCCGGCGGCGGCGGCCACCACCACAACCACCACGACGAGUUUUUCGGGCAGGAGCGAGUGUGCAGAAACCCGUUUCAGACGGUCAGUUUAUAGUUGGCCCGCUUUGAAAACGACACUUGUCAUAUUUAGUACUGUGUUGAGAAUUUGCGCGCGAAAACUGCACGGGGACAAUUGGUCAGGUUUUUUUCAGUCAAAAUCAUCAUCCGGGGGGAUCAGUGCGUUUUUCUCUUCCAUUUGUCUACAUUUGAUUUUUCGUACCUGUUUUGAGCGAAAAUUAUUAUCCAAAAAAAGUAGCAAGGGAUCAAAUAACAUUGUUGAAACAGGGAUUACAUUCGAAAGACUCAUUCUUCCCCGUGAAACAUCCGGUUCGUUUGCAGCCGAAGCCCCUCUCCUCGACGUCUUCCACAAAUGUGUUCUAUCCGCCGUCGGCCUCCUCCUUCUCGUUCCGUGACUCGCUUCCCUCGAAUCCGUUCGCCACACCGAUCAAAAACACGUCCACGAGUCCGAAAGACGGAGAUUGGCAAGAGAACAGUGUGAGCGAGGAGAAGUUUGUUCUGCAGACGAAGAUCUACAUUCCGGACCCGCCGCCGAGCAGAAUGGGCGGUCGCAGUGUGUGAGUUCCAUCUUUUUUGACUGAUUAAGCGACAAAGCCUUGAUCGGAAUGGUUCCAGGAAGUGCAACUACAUCGGUCGCAUCCUCGGACCCUCUGGAAUGUCGGCUCGAAUGCUCGAGCGUCAGUUCGACGUCACCCUCCUCAUCCGCGGCUCCGGAUCGGUGCGAAACAUGGAGCAGGAGCAGUUGCUCAAGGGAAAAAAGGGAUACGAACAUCUGGAGGAGCCGCUCCACGUCCUGCUCAUCGCCAGACACGCCGACAAGCGCAAGUGCGAAGAGCUUCUGGACAAGGCCGCCGAUCGGGUCGAAAGUCUUCUGACACCGGCGCACGACGACUACAAGAAAGACCAGCUCGUGCACUACGCCAUCAUGAACGGAACGUACGAGGAGAGACCGAACAAGAAGCGGCCCGAGAGCUCUUCGUCCUUUUUGAAAUGA